AACCGACAUACUCAUGGUAUGCCUGUUUGGGGUAAAUCAACCCAGAGGUUAUGAUUUACCAAAUGGUAAGUUAACCAAGCUUUCUGGAAUACCCCCCUGUUUGCCCUGCCCAUUCCUUAUCCUUUCUCGCAUCUGCACACCUGUUUCUUGCAUUUCAAUGAUUGUCACCCCAUUUAUAUUGGUUGUCUUGCAUCUGUUUGCUGCUGAGUCCUUGUCUCUUGUAUUUGUAUUUGUGUUCCGUUUCCAGUUUUUAGUUUCCAGUUUCCAGUGUUUCUAGCCCUUUGACAUUUUUUCCCCUUAAAUCAACCCCCUUUUUGUUAUCCCUGCAUUUGGGUCAUUUUAUCCCUUAAGACACCUUGGUUCAAUGUCACAAUCAGAGCCAAAGAAGGGGAGAAGAGAGCUUAAGACGUCCUGUUCCAACAAGUGAGGAUCAUUUAGUUAGUAUUUAUACUUGGAGAAAGUAAAACUUCUUUCCAUCAUCAGAAACAUCAAAAGCUCUGUUCCCAGAACCUAGAAUAGAGUGUCUAUAAAAUGAGUGACAGGAAGUGUGUCUAAUCACAAACAAGUAUUCAGGAUAUCAGUUUUUUAAAAGAGUUUCCUCACUGAGUUUAUAUGUUUAGUCCAUACUUUAAUGUUAGUUUUUUUUUUUUAUCAUGUUUAGGCUAUUUAUAUAAAUAAGCAAUAAAAAAUGGACUAUUGUUCAUUUAAGUGUUGUGUGCUGUUUCUGAUGACUGUAACAGGUCACAACACGUCUCUAAAACUCCUCCUAUUAAGGAAGUGUUAAGUCUGAGACGACUGCAGUCCUCCAUAAACAGCCACAGUAUUUUGCUCUGGUGAGUUUAAGUUAAAUUUUAUUCUUAUUAUUUAUUUGUUUAUGGAGAAACCCGAGUCUCAUUUUUAGCACUGUGAAAGUAAGUGAUUAAAAACUGGAACUACAAAGUCAAGUAUUAACAAGCCUAAAAUCAGUGUUCAUUUUCUACAAAUUCUGAGGGUUGGGACUGGUGAGAACAACAGCAGCAGUAAAGUAAAAUGGCUUCUAAGUUCUCAGAGGAGGAUUUCUCUUGUCCUGUGUGCUGUGACAUCUUCAAGGAUCCUGUUGUUCUGAGCUGCAGUCACAGUGUGUGUAAAGUGUGUUUGCAGCAGUUCUGGGAGACCAAAGGAUCCAGAGAAUGUCCUAUUUGUAGGACAAAGUCAUCUCUAGAAAAUCCUCCCUUAAAUCUGGCCUUAAAGAACCUGUGUGAGACUUUCUUACAGGAGAGAAGUCAGAGAUCUUCAUCAGGGUCUGAAACAAUCUGCAGUCUACACAGUGAGAAACUCAAACUCUUCUGUCUGGAUGAUCAACAGCCGGUGUGUGUGGUGUGUCGGGAUUCAAGAAAACACACCAACCACAAAUUCUGCCCGGUUGAGGAGGCAGUAACAGACUGUAAGGGACGUAUUACAUACACUAUGUACGCUGGCAGCGAUAAACCAAUCAGAGGACAUUACGUAAUACGUACAGUACGUACGCUUACCUCCGCUACGCCUCCGGUAGGUAUAUUACCGGAGGAGCUCAAAACUGCACUGAAGCCCCUACAGGAGAAACUGAAGAUCUUUACAGACUGUAAACUGAACUGGAGUCAGACUGCAGAACAUAUAAAGAUUCAGGCCCAACACACAGAGCAUCAGAUUAAGGAACAGUUUGAGAAACUCCACCAGUUUCUUCGAGAUGAAGAGGCAGUCAGGAUAACUGCACUGAGAGAGGAAGAGGAGCAGAAGAGUCAGAUGAUGAAGGAGAAGAUUGAGAAUGUCAGCAGAGACAUAUCAUCUCUUUCAGACACAAUCAGAGCCAUAGAAGAGGGGAUGAGCGCUGAAGAUGCCCUGUUCUUACAAAACUAUAAGGCCACAGUGAAAAGAGCCCAGUGCACACUGCAGCAUCCAGAGGGGCUUUCAGGAGCACUGAUCCAUGUGGCAAAACAUCUGGCCAACCUGAGGUUCACAGUCUGGGAGAAGAUGCGGGACACUGUCCAAUACACCCCUGUAACUCUGGACCCCAACACUGUUCAUGCUGAACUCAUUGUAUCUGAUGAUCUGACCAGUGUGAGACUCAGUGAUGAGGAACACAAACUUCCUGAUAAUGCAGAGAGGUUUGAUUAUUGGGAAUGUAUCCUGGGCUCUGAGGGCUUUAACUCAGGGACACACUGCUGGGAUGUUGAAGUUGGAGACUGUACACACUGGGCAUUGGGUAUAAUGAUUAAAUCUGCUCAGAGAAAGGGGUGGAUAUUCUCCAGAAGUGGAAUCUGGUGUGUGGGGUAUUAUAAGGGUGAAUAUAGAGCAGGUUCUACACCACAGCCAGAAAGUCUACUCUCAGUAGAACAGAGACUCCAGAGGAUCAGAGUGAAACUGGACUGGGACAGAGGAAAACUGUCGUUCUCCGACCCUCUCACUAACACACACAUACACAGUUUCACACACACAUUUAUCGACAAAUUACUGCCAUUCCUAUAUUUUGGUUGUAAAGAGUCUUCUAUAAAGAUCCUCCCACUUGAGUGCUCUGUAAGAGUGAAUCAGAUCAGUUAGAGCUCAUAUUGUUUUAUUCCAGUUCAUUCAUGAAAUAUUGCAGGUUAAAAGAUUCUUAAUAUUUGUGAAAGUUUGUAAGUCAAAGAUUAAAUCAAAAUAAAGUUAAAACACUAGAAAUAUUGAUGGGAUAUUCUAGUACUCAAUUAUUCAAACUUUUAUUUUGAAAUAUUGAUAAAUCUUUGAAUUCCAAGGCACUAAAUUAAAGUUUAAUGAUCUUGAGCAAAUUCUCCAACUUUCUCACUAAGAUACUCGCACACACUUACAGUACUGACAAAUUACUGUUAUUGGUUGUUUGAACCCAGGACUGCUGCUGCUGAUUAAAAUGGUCCCAGUCA